GGAGCGGUCAAGAGCAAGUCUUAAUGCCACUGACCUUUCCGAUUGGCCUCUACAACACGCCAUGCUCCGUGAUUGGCUAGGGCGUCAACCGGUGAGCCUACAGAGAGGCAGAGUGGGAGUGCCUCGCCUGUAAAGCCCGCCUUCCCUCAUAAAUAAAGGUCCAAGACGUGGAGUCAACGGGCGGAGCUAAAUUUAUCGUGAUUCAAGCUGUCGCGGGAAGCCUGGAGGUGGAGCCCCAUGUAACAAGAUGACCCGAAGUUGCUCUGCAGUGGGCUGCAGUACCCGAGACACCAUGCUGAGCCGAGAGCUCGGCCUCUCCUUCCACCAAUUUCCAACUGAUACCAUACAACGCUCAAAAUGGAUCAGAGCUGUUAAUCGUGUGGACCCCAGAAGCAAAAAGAUUUGGAUUCCAGGACCAGGUGCUAUACUAUGUUCUAAACAUUUUCAAGAAAGUGAUUUUGAGUCCUAUGGCAUAAGAAGAAAGCUGAAAAAAGGAGCUGUGCCUUCUGUUUCUCUAUACAAGAUUCCUCAGGGUGUUCACCUUAAAGAUAAAGCAAGACAGAAAAUCCUAAAACAACCACUUCCAGACAAUUCUCAAGAAGUUGCUAGUGAGGACCAUAACUAUAGUUUAAGGAGGCCCUGGACAGGAGGUGCUGAGAAACUGGCUGAGGUGCAACAAAUGUUACAAGUGUCUAAAAGAAGACUUAUCUCUGUAAAAAACUACAGGAUAAUCAAGAAAAGAAAGGGCCUACAGUUAAUUGAUUCACUUGUAGAAGAAAGACUACUUUCUGAAGAAACAGAGUGUCUCCUAAGAGCACAAUUUUCAGAUUUUAAUUGGGAGAUGUAUAACUGGCGAGAAACAGCUGAGUACUCCACCGAAAUGAAACAGUUUGCGUGUACACUCUAUUUGUGUAGUAGCAAAGUCUAUGAUUAUGUAAGAAAGAUUCUUAAACUGCCUCAUUCUUCUAUCCUCAGAACGUGGUUAUCCAGAUGCAAACCCAGUCCAGGUUUCAACAGCAAUAUUUUUUCUUUUCUUCAACAAAGAGUAGAGAAUGGAGACCAGCUAUAUCAGUACUGUUCACUGAUAAUAAAAGGUAUCUCUCUCAAGGAACAACUUCAGUGGGAUCCCAGCAGUAACAGUUUGCAAGGGUUUAUGGACUUUGGUCUUGGGAAACUUGAUGCUGAUGAAACACCACUUGCCUCAGAAACCAUUUUGUUAAUGGCAGUGGGUAUUUUUGGUCAUUGGAGAACCCCUCUUGGUUACUUUUUUGUAAACAGAACAUCUGGAUACUUGCAAGCUCAGCUGCUUCGUCUGACUAUUGGCAAACUGAGUGACAUAGGGAUCACAGUUCUGGCUGUUACGUCUGAUGCUACAGCUCACAGUGUUCAAAUGGCAAAAGCAUUGGGGAUACAUAUUGAUGGAGACAACAUGAAGUGUACAUUUCAGCAUCCUUCAUCUUCUAGUCAACAGAUUGCAUACUUCUUUGAUUCUUGCCACUUGCUGAGAUUAAUAAGAAAUGCAUUUCAGAAUUUUCAAAGCAUUCAAUUUAUUAAUGGUACAGCACAUUGGCAGCACCUUGUGGAAUUAGUAGCUCUAGGAGAACAGGAAUUAUCAUAUAUGAAGGGAAUCCCAAGAAAACAUGCAAAUUUGAAAAAUCAUGUAUUGAAAAUGAAUUGUGCUGCUCAACUCUUUAGUGAGAGUGUAGCCAGCGCAUUAGAAUAUUUGCUGUCAGUGGGCCUUCCUCCUUUUCAAAACUGUAUUGGUACUAUCCAUUUUUUACGUUUAAUUAACAACCUGUUUGACGUUUUUAAUAGCAGAAACUGUUAUGGAAAGGGUCUUAAAGGACCUCUGUUACCUGAAACUUUUAGUAAAAUAAAUCAUGUAUUAAUUGAAGCCAAGACUAUUUUUCUUACAUUAUCUGACACUAGCAAUAAUCAGAUCCUUAAAGGUAAGCGGAAAUUAGGGUUCCUGGGAUUUUUGCUUAAUGCUGAGAGCUUAAAAUGGCUCUACCAAAAUUAUGUUUUCCCAAAAGUUAUGCCUUUCCCUUAUCUCCUGACUUACAAAUUCAGUCAAGACCAUCUGGAAUUAUUUCUAAAGAUGCUUAGGCAGGUAUUAGUACCCAGCUCCAGCUUUACCUGCAUGGCAUUCCAGAAAGCUUACCAUAAUUUAGAGACCAGAUACAGAUUUCAAGAUGAAGUUUUUCUAAGUGAAGUAAGCAUCUUUGACAUUUCAGUUGCUCGAAGAAAAGAUUUGGCCCUCUGGACAGUUCAACGUCAGUAUGGUGUCAGGGUUAUGAAGUCGCUUUUUCACAAAGAAGAUAUUUGUCUAGACUGGUCUAAUUGUUCACUAAGUGAGGCAUUACUAGACCUGUCAGAUCAAAAGCGAAGUCUUACCUGUUAUGCUGGUUAUAUUGCAACUAGGUUAUCAGCUAUUUUAACUUGUGAAGACUGUAUCAGUGCACUGUAUGCAUCGGAUCUUAAAGCCUCUAAAAUUGGUUCACUGUUAUGUGUUAAAAAGAAGAAUGGUUUGCAUUUUCCUUCAGAAAGUCUAUGUCAGAUAAUAAAUAUUUGUGAACAAGUUCUAAGAACCCAUUCAAGAAUGGUAGUUUUUGAACUAGUUCCUAAACACAGGGAAUUGUAUCUUCAGGAGAAAAUAUUACAUGAGCUUUCUGGGCAUACUUAUCUUUUUGUAGAUUUAAAUGAGCAUCUCUUUGAUGGAGAAGUUUGUGCCAUCAAUCAUUUUGUAAAGCUACUAAAGGAUAUAAUAAUGUGUUUCUUAAGUAUCAGAGCUAAAGAUGUAGCUCAGUACUCUUUAAGACACCAUUCAGAAAGAACUGAAAGGAAGACUUUGUCAAAGAAACACGGGUCUUUACAGGAUUACAAAUGUUUAAGUUUCGCUAAUACUAAUAAAUUUAGACAUUUGCUAAGUAAUGAUGGAUAUCCAUUAAAAUGAGAGCUCUUAAAAUAUAUUACCAUUUUUCUUAAGAAUAUUUGGUCAACAUUUUUUUUAAAGCUCACUCUACCAUAUUUUAUAAAUUGACCAUUCUGCACAGUGGACAACUUUGCAAUUUUGACUUAAUGAAUAUUAUAAACUCUGCUCAUGUCUUGGAAUGGCCCAUAGCAUUUGAGUUUUACAAAGUAGUAAGUCUCUCAGAACAGACCACCAACAGGUGCUAUCUUUGAAGUUACUCCUAUAAGAGUGACUUGAACUGAUACACUUUUGACUUGUUCAAAGAGUAACAACCAUUCAGAAUCACCCAAACAUGGGCUCCUUUGCUAAAUAACUACAUUUCCUUAAAGAGCUUUGGUUUAUAAUUCUUAAGAAUGUUAGCAAAAUACUUAUAAAACCUUUAUAUUUCAUAUUUAAAAAUGAAAGUUAAGUUGUGCUUUGAACAUUAGGCUAAAGUAAAAAGCAAUUACCGCAAAGAUCCCCUUGUCCUGGGGUACUCUAAAAUAGAAAAACUUUGUCAGACAGAAGGUAAGUCUUUGAACCAUGAGAUUGUUCUUUGUGUUAUAUCCAAGCAGGAAAAUGCAGUCUGGGAAGAGUAAAGGUGAUGUGGUUUUUACUAUCCAAGUCCCUGGAUUUUGAAAUAUUUCUUUUGAAUAAUAUAAUAGGGUGGAUACUUCACCAUUUGACUCCUAUUGGAAGAACCCAGUGCUCAUCAGAGACUGGGAAGAAGCCUUUAUUUCAACUUCUGUUCUUUCUGAGAUGUGUUUUCAGGGAGGCUAAAAUAAUCAAACAUACCAAUAUUGAUUGACUAAUAGAAUCAUAGCAUGUGAUUAAUAAACUAGAAAAUAAUGGUCUAUUUAGACAAUGGAUAUGGAAAAUUUUGUCUUAAUUACAUAAUGGUAUUUGUCCCUCAGAAAUUUAGGAGUUUAAAUCCAAAGGUGGAAAGCAUGUUAAGAAUAAUUUUCUCCACUCUCUCACACAUUUGAAAAGAUAAGUAGAAAAGCAUGCAGGUACCUAAUUUUCACAAAUAGGAGCAUGCUAAUGGAUAAAAGAAAUAAGAACGUAUUACUCACCUGCCUUAUAAAACAUGUCUUUUUUGUCAUUGAGUGUCACAAAGUAAAGUUAAUGCUAAUAUAAAAUUUUAAAUUACAAAAGAUUGCUGGGUGUGGUGGUACAGUCCUGUAAUUCCAGCAACUUGGAAGGCGGAGGGAAGAGUAUCACAAGUUUGAGGCCAACCUCAGCUUCUUAGACCCUGUCGCAAAAAAUAAAAAAAGAUCCGAGCGCAGUGAUGCACACCUGUAAUCCUAGCAGCUCGGGAGGCUAAGACAGGAGGGUGGUGAGUUCAAAGGCAGCCUCAGCAAUAGCAUGGUGCCAAGCAACUCAGUGAGACCCUGUCUCUAAAUAUAAAAUACAGAAUAGGCUGGGAAUGUGGCUCAGUGGUCGAGUGCCCCUGAGCUCAAUCCCUGGUACCACCCCCCCAAAAUAAGGGUUGGAGAUAGCUCAGUAGUAAAAUGCCCCUGGGUUUGAUCCCCAAUGCCACCGAAAAAUAAUAAUAAUUACAAAGUAAAAGUUGAAAUUCCCCUUAAAAAGUCUGUCUUGGUGUAUUUGUUUAUUCUACCUCAGAGACAUAUGUUUUGAAAUAUAAUCAGUGUUAUAUUUUAUACAAGAACCUAUUACUAUAGAAAUUUCAGUCUUAUGGGUUUUUUUGUUUGAAAAUCACCACCAUUAAUUUAUUGCUUAUAUAAAUCAAGUUUUGUACCUGAGCUUUAUUUAAAGCAAGGUUCACAUCUAUAGUGUCUGUUACUCCUUGUUGUUAUGUUUGACUAAUGUACUAAUAUAUUCUGUAUUUAAAGAAA